AUGGCUACUAGCAGCGACGAGGAGAAGAAUAAACGAACAGAUGCAGUUUCCCCAGACUCUUCCCCGGAUGCGAAGGCCCCACUUCACGAGUCCACUCCACGGUCUCCACCCACGCCGCCAAAUGGCGGACUAGGCGCUUGGCUGUGUGUACUUGGUGCAUUUUUUAUAUUCACGAAUACUUGGGGAAUCACAGCAAGCUUUGGAGCUUUUCAGUCUUAUUAUAUCACCACUCUGCCUGAGUCUGCAUCAUCGAUAUCAUGGAUUGGCAGUAUACAAUCGUUUCUGGUGGUCUUUGUUGGCAUUGUAUCCGGGCCAUUAUUUGAUCGAGGUUAUAUUCGUAUCUUGAUGACCACUGGGUGCUUCAUGAUUGUGUUUGGAACGAUGAUGCUUAGCCUCUCUACGAAGUACUAUCAAAUAAUCCUCUCCCAGGGAAUUGUCAUUGGCCUAGGCGCCGGUCUAGUUUAUAUUCCUGCACUCGCCAUCAUCUCGACUCAAUUCACCACAAAACGACCAUUUGCGAUCGGAUGUGCCUCCUCAGGAUCAAGCAUAGGUGGAAUAAUCUUCCCAAUUAUGUUUCGGAGAUUAGAACCAAAGGUUGGAUUUGGUUGGGCUGUCCGUGCCAUCGGCUUCAUCAGUCUCGGCACACUUGCUGUCUCCCUCGCCAUACUAAGCCGGCACAAAAGGCCAAAGUCUGCGACUAAAAAAGCUCUUUUCGAUUUUAAAGCUUUCACUGAACUUCCAUUCCUAGGCUUCGCCGUUUCUCUUCUUCUCAUCUUUGUAGCAUUCUACAUUCCCCUCUUCUAUAUCCCUUCCUACGCCAUUUACAGCCUCAAGAUUGACGAAAAUCUCUCCUUUUACCUCUUAGCCAUCACCAACGCCGGUUCAUUCUUUGGUCGAACGGUUCCGUUCCUGAUUGCCAACCGCGUCGGUUCCAUCCAAAUAUUUGUUUUUUGGACUGUUGCCGCUGUCAUCGUAAUGUUCUCUUGGCUGGGCAUACACAAUGAAGCGGGCUUUAUAGUGUUUUGUAUUAUCUGGGGAUUCAUAUCUGGCGUCCUCGUGACAGCACCCGCCGCAGCGGUGGCACACCCAACAUUAUCACCCUCAAUGAGUGUCAUAGGAACUCGAUUAGGUAUGAGUUGGAUCACAGCGGCAAUUGGAAUUCUCAUCGGGCCACCUAUUGCUGGAGCUUUGGUGGAUCUCGAUACGGACUAUUUUGUCAAGGCUAUUGUCUUUGCCGGGGUAGUGAUGGCUGCUGGAGCAGUAUGUCUCAUGCCUCCCCUUCUCGCUGCCAUGAAAUACAAACCAGUGGAGAAUUGA